AUGAGGUUGUCCCUAUACUUGGCGCGUCAAGCAACCGCCAAAGGAGAACAUUCCGAGGCGCUGCUGCACUACUUUGUCGUCCUGAAAACGGUCGACGAGAAGACGCGGUAUGCCGACUUUGCGGCCGAGUUUUCUGAUGCACUUGCGCAGCAGCUGUCCGGAUGUAGCGAUGUGGUGAUGGCACAUGGGGUGUGGAAGAAUGCAUUGGAGUUGUUUCCCGAAUCCGCGCUUGUUCAUGAAGUGCUAGCCCGGGAUGCUUUUCACCGAGGAGAAGUUGGCGAGGCAAUCGAGCGCUUUCAAAACUGUAUCCGUUUGACCGUCGGGAACGAACGAGUGGCGCACAGGAUGAAUUUGGCGAAUUUCAAGUCUCAGCUGUUUGACGCAUGGCAUUUUCCAAUGAUUAACGAUGCGAAACGGAAUGCGAAAUUUGCAGAAGCAAUUGGAAAAGCGACAUCACCGGGCGAUUUGCUUUUCGAAAUCGGCUCUGGGACGGCGCUUCUUUCGCUGGUCGCCGCUAGAAUCACCCCGAACGUCAUCUCGUGCGAGUACAACCCGAUAUUGGCAAAGAUUUCUCGAGAAGUCCGAGCACAGAAUGGCCUCUCCAAUCGCAUCCAAAUCAUCGAAGAGCGGUCUUUUGAGAUCGAGAUUUCAUUGAAGGCGCAGGUGAUCUUGAGCGAGACGAUGGAUUGUUGUGUCUUUGGCGAAGGGACCGUGGCGACGAUGCUUGACGCGCAUCGGCGAAUAGCUGCGCCAAAUGCGAAAUUCAUCCCCGAGAAGGCGACAGUCUUUCUGGCGCUGCUUUCCUCGGAAUCAAUCCACGCUACGCACGUUGCGUACGUCGGGGAUGUGGCCGUAUGUUCGACGUGGGUGACGCAGGAAAACUCGCUUUCAAGCCGACCAGAAGAUCGGGAUCCUUAUUGGUCAGCCUAUUUAAAAGAUUACCCUGAUACCUUCGUGGCUUCCGAUUGGACGCCGGCGCUUAGCGUGGAUUUUACCAGCGAAGCGCAACUCGAAGAUAUGGUGGACAGCCCGAUGAAUGGUACCUUACUGUUGAUGGCCACGAAAGAAGCGAAAGUGCACGCCAUUGCAUCAGCCUUUAGCUCUCGAAUAUACGGUGAUGUGACGAUUGAUACAAUGAGCGAUGAGUCGUGUUGGCCGAACGGCAUCUAUCCGCUGCUCGAACCGCUCGAGAUGAAGCCUGGGGAUGAGCUGGCUGUAUCCUGGACCGUGCGCGAUGGUGCGACUCGAUUGGAAAUCUCGAUACCCGAGCGAAAGCGUGACAUUCCCCAUCUGUCCGUCUUCACCCAAAGCAACGGCGAGGUGCUCCAUCUGCAUGACAAGGCAGCACAAGAGCUCCUGCUUGCCCAAAUCCCGGAGCAGACACCGUGUCGGGUACACGAUUUGACAGCUUGCGUCGCCGUGUCUUACAGGAUAGCGACAGAAAGGCCUUCUGCAAAACUGUCCAUAUGCCAGCCGGAUCUAUCCCUUUUAAAUCUGGUGAUGCUCAAAACAGAAGCGGAUGUGAUGAUUGCUCCCUUACAAGGCGAACAGGAUCUCAUUCUCCAUUGGCCAUUCCGGCUCGAUGGGACCUUAUGCAAAAAUUCUCUCGACUGGGUGGCGACAGCAAGGCACUAUUCGAUGGAUGCUACAGUAUUCCCUGGACAAUUCCUCGCCGUCGGCCAGCUCGUGUUUUCCGAUUUUUUGCACAACAGGAGUCGGCCGAACCCCUCAAGCCACCUCGGAUUCGACUUGAGCCCGAUCGCGCCCUUCUCAUUAUUCGAGUACCGCGACAUUGCGACCGCUAACUUCCCGCACACUGCCAUGUCCGCCAAUUUCGAGUUGAUGCCCUUUUCGAUGGACUCGGCGUUGGAUACAACGAUUGCGUCCGAGCCGGUGCUGCUGAAUAGAACACUGACGACAAGAGUCCCGGUCACGUCUAGCGGUAUCUGUGAUGGUGUGGUCUAUUGGUGGAAGGUGGAUCGGUACGAGUCGCGGUCGGCCGGCUGCAACAUUUCGGCCUUCAUCUUCCCGCAGAGAAUUUGCGUCUCCGAAGGCGAUGUGCUCGAAGUUCGCGCCGACUUCUAUCGUGGCGACCUGCUCGUCGAGGCGAAAAAGGCCGAA